GUGGUGGGAAAAUGGUUCAACUCCUUAGACAUCCGUACAGAGGAACUAGUAUGGGCACGUGGCACUAAGGACAUACCGAUCUCAGCUUGUUCGCUGCCCUGUGAGCCAGGUAUGAUAAAGAAGCAACAGGGUGACACUUGUUGCUGGGUGUGCGAUCAGUGCGAGGUGUACGAGUACGUCUACGACGAGUACACCUGCAUGGACUGCGGACCUGGUAAAUGGCCGCACGAGGACAAACGUGGCUGCUACCAGCUGCCUAUCAACCACAUCAGAUGGGACAGUGCGUUCGCCAUUGUUCCGGCGGUGAUUUCGUGUCUGGGUAUCGUGGCCACUCUCGCGGUCGCGUGUCUCCUCUUCCACCACAGGGACACGCCCGUGGUCAGGGCGUCGGGACGCGAGCUCACCAUCAUUCUACUGGCUGGUGUGCUUGUCUGUUACCUGAACACGUUCCUCCUACUCGCCACACCCACCACCGUCACCUGUAUACUGCAGAGGUUCGGUGUUGGAGUGAGUUUCAGCGCGGUCUAUGGGGCUCUGUUGACCAAGACCAAUAGAAUCGCGAGGAUCUUCGAUUCCGCGUCGAGAUCCGCGGUUAGACCUAGGUACAUCAGCCCUGCUUCGCAAGUCUGCAUCGCUGCUGCGAUGAUCGCGUUGCAG